GCGGGGCGCCGGUUCUUAACAGUCGGCGCGGUGCGGCGGGAGCGCUGUACCGGUUGGGCUGCUGCGAGCCGGGCUGCCGCUGCUGCGCGACAUGAGCGAGAGACAAGGAACCGGAGCUACAAAUGGAAAAGAGAAGACAUCUGCUGAGAAUGAUGGGCAGAAGAAGGUUCAAGAGGAAUUUGACAUAGACAUGGACGCGCCAGAGACAGAGCGGGCAGCUGUGGCGAUACAGUCCCAGUUCAGAAAGUUCCAGAAGAAAAAAGCGGGGUCCCAGUCUUAGUAGCUACCUCACAGCUUAAAAAAAAGUAAUCUGAAAUGAUUUAUCAAGAAAAUCAGAAAUAACACAAAGAUGCAUGUACAGAAAUAAUCAAUAUUUAAACCCCCAUUGGCAGAUAACAAACCAUAAACUUGUGUGUGACUUCAUCCCAGAUGUUUCACGCCCAUUAUCCUCUGUAACUCACCACUUUACUUGAUGUUGUAAUAAAAAGUUAGGGUGAAGUAAUUAAAGUGUCUGCCUUCAUCUGUCUUUUCAUAUUACUCCCGCAACCACAGCGUUACAAAUGAGCCCAGCCCAGAUGCUUGUUUUCCUCUUCACGUAAAGCUUGGAGACAUAAACAACACCGUAUGUUACAAGGUUUUUGCUGAGGGAUGAGAGCGUGCAUCUCAGCCCAGCUUACCUCAUUUGGAGAAUUCCAGCUGCCAGCCAAAUGUGACAAUGAAAUUACUUUCUCGUAAUGAGCUGAAAGUAAAAAGUUGCAAGUAGAAGCUGGCAUGAGGGGAAAAGGUGUAGGAAGCAGUGAGCAGUCUAUUUUUGUCUAGCGAUUAUGCCAAUAAAGUGGCUUAAGUGGGGAAAUUGUCCCUGUCCUUCUUCUUUGCAUGGUAACGUUCAGAAUUACCCAGCUUGGACCACAUUGACUGUUAUGGAAAAAAGAAUUCAGACACAAAAUACAAAAUCCAAUGCCACAAACCUUUGGAAAGGUUGUAGGUUUUUUUAAUUUGUAAAAAUAGAAACUGACCCUCCAAAUGCUGAUGCAGCUUUUCACUCUCUACAUAAUCAAGAACUAUUUCUAUGCCAUCUCUCUGUUUUCAUCUUAUUUUCCAUUUUUGAUGAGUAAAUCAUAACAGACUCCCUAUCACCAUUUGCACUGUUAUGUAUUCAACAUUAUAUGAGCCCCUUAAUGUAUCACUGUAUUAGCCCAGUUUCUAAUUAACAAAAAGUGUCCACAACAAUGUCUUUCUUAAAUUGGGAAGCAUUUCUAUUUUCUCCCUGUUGUAAAACAGGAACAGACCAAUUUCAGGCUAGAUCUAAGUGAGGAUCUUGCCUGGCUUCAGACCUGAUCAGGAAUUGGCUGCACAUAUAGUGCAUGAGGAAGGUUUAAACAAGUACCUUGUACUCAGAAAAAGGAGCUAUUUAGGUUGAGCAGGUGGGACACGUACUACACAGAGAUGUAUAAAAUAAAAUCUCAUCCUCUUCUUGGCUUCAUCAGAUUUAGGGGUUCCAGUAGGCAUCUUUGUCUCUAGGGAAAUCAGAGAGAGAAGCAUUUUCUGAAGGACUGGUGUUUGCAGUGGUUCUCCAAGAUGGGAGUGUGAGCCUCACCUCCAGGCUGACAGAUGCAGGCGUGCUGAGUUGGGGCAGCCUGCCUGCCUUGCCUUUAACUGGGCAGCCUGGAGCUGGGGCUUCUUCAGCUGUGAGAGAUGCAGGUAUAAUUCCCAGGUCUGUCUAGAUUGAGUAAUUUCUUCCUCUCCCGCCUUCCACAGUAGUAUUCUGAUCACCAGGGCAAAGGCCAUGUGUAUCAUUAGUGCCCUCAUGUAAACAGAAAGCUGCAACCAAGGGGUAGUAAUAGAGGGAAGGAAGGAUCUCACCCUGGUGGCAGUCACUUCCCAUGAGAGCCCACCAUAGCAGCAAUACUGAAGGUGUAGAGCUGUGAGGGGAACAGGACCAGAGAGGGAAGGCCCUCAGCCUUAUGGAGGUGCUGGGCAACAAUUUAGUGAGGAGCCAAAACCUGAUGGUGGUGAUAGGAGCGCUGGGACUGUGCUGGUUAGGAAGAGCCCUUGGAGAUGUUGAGCAGAGGAAGCCUUAUGGAUACUGUGGGUGAUGCAGAAAGCCAGUGCAGAGACCUGUGGGUGCUUAAUAAGCACGGCAAAACUGGGUGGGAAUGGGCAGGGCUCUUUAGACCUUAGUUUGAGGAUAAACAUCUAAAUGCUGCCCAGACCUGCCUUACGCACCUCUGUCUGGGCCAAGUCCCAGUCCUAUAUAUGUGUUACCCACACAUCACCUGCAAAGUCAGAAUUCUCCAAGCUGCUGCUCAGCGCUUUCCCUCUAAAAGCACAUUUUAGCAGCACUGUUUCUGUGCAUUUAGGAAUUUCACAAAUAAACCUCACGGCUGCUGUGCUCCAAGUGUGGUUUGUGGAGGCCAUGGAUUCCCCACUUGCCUUUCACAGAGACUGCUCACCAUAUAAUAAUUACCUUAGCAUAAUAAUUUAAAAAUUGUAAUGGGUUUGAAUUAUGUUGGUGCCAUUUUGUUUAGAUGAACAUAUAUCUGUAAUAAAGGACUGCAUUUGUGUUCUGCAUUAUGUCAUUUGAAAUAGCAUGAGCUCUGUAAUGGCUACUUAAUUGAAUAAAAACUAUGGGUAAGCACUAGGCUUUUA